AUGUCAAUAUAUUGCUGCAAAGUGUGUAGCAAUCAACUGUUCAAGGCAAGUGCCAUUGUACAGUCAUCUGAGUUGUCAGAUAACACUGCCUACAAGUUCUUUGAUUCGCUCAUCGUCGACAGCUGUACAUUCACAGAGGAGCACUCCUUUGGUAUGAUCACAGUGACCAUCACAUGUAAAGGAUGCUAUGAAGCAAUUGGAGAGACUACAACAAGUGAUGGAAAGGAGAUAUUCUCAGUGAUGACUAGCGCGAUAAAGGAGGUUGAUGAUGUAGAUGUGGAUAAAUACGAAACUACAUCUACCUAUAUCCUAUCACAACAGAUAGAUGAACAACUUAGAGAGAGAUAUAGAAAGGUGUUCAAUGUGCAGCCAGAGGAGGACAACGCCGCCAAAGUACAAUCACCAUCAACACAAGAUAAUAAGGCCGAUCCCAACAACCCAGCAGCAGCAGCAGCAGCAUCAGCAUCAUCUCAGAAGAAACGACCAACACCACAACAAAUACAACUUAUGCGCAAGGCUGCGAUGGCAAGAAGAGGUGCUCGCGGAGGCUCCCGUGGAGGAGCUCCAGGAGCACCCCCCGUAGAGCGUGAUGGUGCUCCAUCAGACCGCGAUGGUACUAUUGUAUCCCGAGGCCGUGGUGGACGUGGAGGCCGUGGUGGUAGAGGUCGCGGAGGCUCUCGUGGUGGCCGUGGCGGAGCCCCUCGUGGAGGCGCCCCUCGUGGACGUGGUGGAGCACCCCGUGGCGGAGCUCGUGGUGGACAACAAAUACAGCAGGCAGCUGCUCCACAAAGAAGACCAAAGAAGAGUGCGUCUUCAUCGUCCAAGGAUAACCUAGAGGCGACCAUUCGCAAAUAUGUCAGCAUCGACCUCCUCUUUGCCGGCUUCAUCAGCUUCAUUUCGCUCAGAUUCGUUGGUACUGCCGUCUACAAGACGCUCAGGACGCUCAGGUACAUCAGGUGA